GAGGAGCAGACCGGACCAGUGGCAAAAUCUUGGUAUAAGGAUGGCUUCUCCUGGUGGCCUCCCUACAAAGAUGAAAACCGACUCUUGAAAAGUGUCAGGAAAUCAGAGGUCCCACAGCCUGAUAAAGGGUGGAGCCAGCACAGCGUGCGAAUACUUUAUGAAUCAGAGUCGUUUGACAACAUUGUUGCCAACUGGAAAAAGUCAUGCUACACAUCAGAUCUUAACUCAGAAACUCCAGCACAGAAACUCUGGGAAAGAGAGUCAGGAAAAAGAAAAUAUACUCUUCAUCUGAACAAGAAGAAGAAGAACCACAACCUGCCAAAGUAAAAAAACUUGCAAAUGCACCAAGGCCCCCAGCCCCACUACAAAGACAGAAACAUGGUUCAAAAAAUAACACACCUACCAUGCAACAAGAUGCAUCAAGGUGGCCCAUGUCCAACCAGUGUACAUGGGCAGAUGCUUCUCAUGGGACAGCACAAGGCCAGGGUGUUCUACCUCAUGUCAGUGCACCUACUGUACAACAAGAUCCAUCAAGGUGGCCCAUGUCCAACCAGUGUACAUGGGCAGAUGCUUCUCAGGGGACAGGACAAGACCAGGGUGUUCUACCUCAUGUCAACGCACCCACCAUACAGCAGGGACUGUCAAGGCGGUUCAUACCCAAUCAGUGUGCACAUUAACAUGCUGUCACUAAGUGGUGGACAUACCAUGAAAAAGACAAUCUGGAGAAUUGCCAGCAAGGUGUUCACCUCCAACCUUGCGAAAAGCCUUAACUGGUGUGGCAGGGGAGACAAGCGAGGUCUAAAACAAACCGCAUGUGGACAAGUUAUUAUUGCUGCCGCGAUGAAAAAUCCAGUACUGCCAGCGCCAACUGAAGCAGAAGCGGAGAAAUGCUUAAAAGAUUACUUCCCAGCUAGCAAAAAAUGUAUGGCCCAGUUCUGGGCCAAAUCUGGCAUGCCGGAACUUUUUGUGUCGGCCCACAUCCGGCAGCCGGAUCUGGCCUGGUGUCAAAAAGAAUGACGGUUAGAUUGUGGCCCGUAUACAGCUGCCCAGAUCCCAGCCAUGACUGCCAGCAAUAUACCAGCACUUAACCACCUGCUAGCCAGAAUAGCCAUUAUCGGGCCAAUAAUGGCCCAGUUCUGGCCUGCAGUAGAUUUUUAAAAGGCUUUUCCCUGCCAUAUUUAACCUUUAAUGGUCACUGGAACUACUACAACUGUUCUUGCUUCUUAUUGCUAUGAAAAUACUC